GUUGAAUGCAUACAGGCAGGCUGGCCGGAGAGACAAUACUCUAGGUUAGCUCGAUAGCAAUGUUCUAAUCGUUUACCUUUUUAUUUCACAAGACUGGAUAUUCAAGAGGUAGGAGAGUAGGAAACAUGGCAACAUAUUUGCUGGAGCAUCGACAUACAGCGCCGAAACUAUGCGUCUCACUUUUCGUCUACCUCCUUUUUGUUGUUGGCCCCAUCACGGCUCUCAGCGUCGGCGAGGCGAGGCUUGUCAGAAGCAACACCGUCGCGAAAGUGGAGGUAGAAGACUAUACAAAAUACUACAAUUAUGUCGAAAUGACCCGGCUACUGAAGUUCAUGGCCAUGAAAUACCCUUACAUCUCCAACCUGUCCAGUAUAGGCCAGUCCGUGCAGGGCAGGGAGUUGUGGGUUAUGCGAAUCACAAAGGACCCCAAAGCUGACGUACCGGGAAAACCCAAAUGUAAAUACGUGGGGAACAUGCACGGGGACGAAACUAUCUCGAGGCAGGUGUUGGUGUACCUUGUGAACUACCUACUGACGAGGUAUGGAGAAGACCCGCGUAUCACGGAGUUGGUGACGAGCACGGAUAUUUACAUUAUGCCCAGUAUGAACCCAGACGGGUUCGAAAGGUCCAGAGAGGGGGACUGUAGUGGCGACGCUGGGGGUCGUUCCAACGCCAAGAACAUGGACCUCAACAGAAGUUUUCCUGACCAGUUUGACAAAAUCAACGUCCAGAAAGACGAUGUUCCAGAGGUUACAGCUGUCAUUAAAUGGAUCCUGGAGAAAAAGUUUGUCCUGUCAGGGAACCUGCAUGGUGGCACUGUGGUGGCCAGCUACCCCUUUGAUGACUCAGCCUCCCACAAGAUGCAGGGUUACUACAGCAGCUCUGUGGACGACAACCUGUUUAAACACCUGGCGCUGACCUACGCCAAGAACCACCCCGUCAUGAGGACCGGGGAACCCAAGUGCCCAGAUACCCCCGACGAAACUUUUGAGGAUGGCAUCGUCAACGGGGCAAAGUGGUAUGAUGUAUCCGGAGGCAUGCAGGACUAUAACUACCUGAAUGGAAACUGCCUGGAGAUCACCAUGGAACUGAGCUGCUGUAAAUUUCCACCGGCCUCCGAGUUAAAGAAAGAGUGGGAGUAUAACAGGGAGUCACUCAUUGCCUACCUGGAGCAGGUUCACAUUGGAGUUCGAGGCUAUGUGAACGAGGCUACCAAUGGGACAGCUCUGCCUGAUGUCAGCAUCGUGGUGGCAGGCAUCAACCAUAACCUGACCACGGCCAAGUUUGGUGACUUCUACCGCCUGCUGCUUCCUGGGACAUACAAUGUCUCAGCUAUAGCCACAGGGUACAUGCCCAUGACAGUAGUUGGGGUUCAAGUGGUGGAGGGCAAGGCCACCGAGCUCAACUUCACCCUGGCACCCCUGGGAAAUGAACCCACAGGUGGCAUAACCGUACCCUUUACCACUGCCACUGUCCCUACCACAACCUCUGUCCCUACCACAACCUCUGACCCUGACUCCACCACCAUCGAGACAUCAAGCACCACCUCUGAGAUGGGGACCUCUGGGGCCAACGAGAGCUCCACUCCCCAGGAGGUUCAGCCCCCAGCCCAGCCUGAGCACCAGCCCAUCCAGCCACAGGACUUCCGCCACCACCAUUACAAUGACAUGGAGCUGUUCCUGCGCAGGUACAGCAACAGCUUCCGUUCCAUCGCUCAUCUCUACUCCAUUGGGAAGUCAGCAGAGGACCGUGAGCUCUACGUCAUGGUGAUAUCAGACAACCCCACCGUCCAUGAGCCAGGUGAACCAGAGUUCAAGUAUAUAGCUAACAUGCAUGGGAACGAGGUGGUGGGACGCGAGCUGCUCCUCAACCUCAUUGACUACCUGUGCCAUAACUAUGGCAGCGACCCUGAGGUCACCCAGCUGGUCAACACGACCCGGAUACACAUCAUGCCUUCCAUGAACCCAGAUGGUUAUGAGAUCGCCAGGGAGGGUGAUGUCAGAGGGUACACGGGACGCAACAACAGUAACAACUUUGACCUGAACCGUAACUUCCCUGACCAGUUUACUACCAUCACUGAACCCAGGCAGCCAGAGACCAUCGCUGUGAUGAACUGGCUCAAGAGUAAUCCCUUUGUACUCUCAGCCAACCUACAUGGAGGGUCAUUGGUGGUCAAUUACCCAUAUGAUGAUGACAAGCAGGGACGUACGGAGUACAGCAAGUGUCCUGAUGACAAGGUCUUUAAACAGGUGGCCAGAUCCUACUCUCAGGAAAAUGCUCUGAUGCACAAAGGACACCCUUGUGAGGACCUUUACCCAUCGGCGUUCUUUGAGGACGGCAUCACCAACGGUGCCAACUGGUACAAUGUUCCCGGUGGGAUGCAGGACUGGAACUAUCUGAACACUAACUGUUUUGAGGUGACCAUAGAGUUGGGCUGUGUGAAGUACCCUAAGGCCCAGCACCUGCCUUUGUACUGGGACCAGAACCGCAGAGCCUUACUGCAGUACAUCCACCAGGUCCACAGAGGAGUAAAGGGCAUGGUGAUAGACAUUAAAGAUGGUACAGGCAUCCCUAAUGCCACCAUCAUGGUGGAUGAGAUCGAUCAUCCAAUCACAACCAACCUAGCUGGAGACUACUGGAGGCUUCUGGUCCCUGGGACGUACCACCUCACCGCCUCCGCACAGGGGUACAACUCAGUAAAGAUCUACGCCACAGUGCCAGAGGAGGGGGUGGAGCUGGUAGACUUCCGGCUGACGCGGGUGCGUUCGGAGCCCAAUGGCCAGGCCCCCAAGGACCCUGGAGCUACCCAGGACCCUGCAGAGGAGGCGUUCCAGAGCUUCAUUAAGGACCUGUCUCUGGGCCAGGGGCUGGAGCAGCUGGUUCAGAGUACCGUCACAGAGAGCAGCUUCAGAUACAGACGCUACAAAGAGCUGUCAGAGUUCCUGAGGGGUUUGACUCUCAACUUCCCCAAGAUCACCUCCCUGCAUAGGGUCUGCCAUGGUGGUAAGGUGCCCAAGGAGCAAAUUAGGUUUAAGUGCCUUGCUCAAGGGCACAUCGACCGAUUUUUCACCUUGUCGGCUUGGGUAUUCAAACCAGCAACCUUUCGGUUACUGGCCCAACACUCUAACCGUUUGGGCCAGAGUGUGGAGUACAGGACCAUCUGGGCCUUGGAGAUUUCCAACAAACCAGACGAGCGUGAAACGGCCACGCCCAAGAUCCGCUUGGUGGGAGGUAUCCAUGGCAACGCCCCCGUGGGCACAGAGCUCCUGCUGGAGUUCGCUGCCUUCCUCUGCAUCAACUACGACAAGAACCCCACCAUCACCAAGCUGAUAAACGAGACGCGGAUCGUCAUCCUUCCCUCCAUCAACCCAGAUGGACGAGAGCUGGCCAGAGAGAAACAGUGCACCUCUACUGUGGGCAUGACCAACACACACGGGAAAGAUCUGGACACUGACUUCUUUGGUAAUGCCUCCCAGCGGGUGGUGGAGGCUCAGCCAGAGACCAGGGCAGUGAUGGACCUGAUCUUAGAGAGGGGCUUCACACUCUCUGUAGCCCUGGAUGGAGGCUCGCUGUUGGCUACUUACCCCUACGACAAGCCUGUACAGCCAGUUGAAAAUGAGGAAACUCUGAAGUACUUGGCCAAUGUGUACGCCAGCAACCAUCCCAAGAUGCACCUGGGGGAUACGGGAUGUCCAAGCAAUGGCCAGAUGGGUAACAUCCCAGAUGGAGUACUCAGGGCAGCAGAGAGACAAAGUCACAUGGGCAGUAUGAAGGACUUCAGUGUGGACUUUGGCCACUGUCCAGAGAUCACGGUGUAUACAGGCUGCUGUCUGUUCCCCCCGGCCGAGCAGCUGGCCACGCUGUGGGCUGAGAACAGGAAGGCACUGCUCAGCAUGCUGGUGGAGGUCCAUAAAGGUGUGCGUGGCAUGGUAAAGGAUAAGAGUGGGAAGCCCAUCGUGGGGGCCAUGAUAGUGUUGAACGGGGGUGUGAGGGUGUUCACUGCAGAGGGAGGCUACUUCCAUGCUCUUCUGGCACCAGGAAUCCACAACAUAGAGGCUGUGGCUGAUGGCUACCAGCAACAACGGCAGGAGGUGGUUGUGUCGUCAUAUGAAGCCGCCAGCUCCAUCAUCAUAGAGUUUGACAUGGACAACCGCAUUUUUGGUCUUCCCCGGGAGUUUGUUGUGGCUACUGCAGCGGCCUCCAUGACGGCCCUGGUGGUGACAGCCUGUAUCAUCUGGUGUGUGUGCUCUGCUAAAUCCAACCAGCAGAAGGAUGGGUUCCACCGGCUGCGGCAGCACCGUGACGAUUACGAGGACGAGAUUCGCCUUACCUCCAUGGGCUCCAAGAAGUCCCUGCUAUCAAACGAGUUCCAGGAUGAGAGCGAAAGCGAUGAGGACACGCUCUACGUGAACGCCAACAAACUCUGAGAUCCCACAUACAUAUAUACUAUAGACAUACAUACAUGGCCAACCUGGGUCAUAUUCAUUAGGCACCAAAUGGAUGGAAACAGGGAAGGGACAACAAGAAAUGCUCGUUUUUGCUUUAUGUUGUUCGAAAACGUUUUGCUACAGUGUGCCCAAAUGAAUAUGACCCUGUUGUUAGUACUGGGCAAUUCCACAUUAACAGAGUGAUGCUGAGACUCCGAUAAAACAAAAACCAAUGAUUGCAGAGUUGAACACACCGUAAAACUCGAUGCACAGGGACUACUUUUAACCAUUUCCAUAGAACAUUUUACAGUAACACAUUUACUUGAAGAACAGUGCAGAUACAAAGUUUAGUAACAGAAUGACAGUUUGUGCUGUUGGGGCCGUUAUUCUGUUUUUUUUGUUUGUAUUUUUAUUAUGUUCUGUGGAAAUUGUAGUAGAGUUAGAGUGCAUAGAGUUGUAUAGUUUUUGUUUGAAAUACAUUUUCAAGUGAAAAAUCUGAAACUCACCCUGUUACUGUGGAAUUGCUCUACUACUACUGCCCCUCCCUGUGACUGUUGAGUUGGCAGUUGUUGUGCUCUGUGGCUCUGCUCUACUGGAGAGGACGAGGUGGAGCAGGGAGGGCUUGUUCUUGUCCGUCCCUAUAAGAUUCUCAAGGUCCCAUUUGCCUGUCCUCCUCCCGCCCACCAGAGAGAGCUGUUUCAGAGACCACAAUGAUCCUCUAUGGCUGGUGUCCAAGCUGAAUUGUCCAAAUUAACACCUGCUUUGCUCUGUUUACAGAUGCACACUAAAGGCCUAGUGGAGCUGGGCAACCUUUUUUUUCUUCAUGCACACUUUUGCAGUUAGCCACUCAUCAACCUGUCCAUUUAUUUAUUUGAUACUUGCUUAACUAGUACCAAUGAAUAUACCAAUUGCAGUCAUUUGAAAUGAUUCAAGAAAUGUCUGUUUCUCAAGGUUUUUGUCAGUGUUGUCACAGUCCAGUUAGCCAGUCAUUCAGAGGGAGCAUCAAACACAGUGCCUUGGCUGAUGUAGAGUUAGACACGCCACUCUCUUUUAGGGCUACAGUACAGAAGCGUGGUGGUGUGGGUAUUAGAUAUACUAGAAUCUUGUCCAGAUUAUGGUCUAGUACAGAUUAUAAUCUGUGAUCCAUCAUAUACUCAGGUGAUAUGGAAGACAUUAGUCAUCCAGGAUUCAUCCAGGGGUCUGGAGUAUUUUAAGAGAUGCACUCUUUCAGAGCAGAAGACUUACAAUGGACCGGGUUCACAGGCUGCAUGUGUUUUCACUUCUAUUGCCCUCUGAUUAUUCAUGUGUCCUCUUGAACAUACAGCACAAGGCCCUCUGCAUUUUACUACAAGCACUGUAUGUUAAAUACAAAUACAAGAUUCCCCAUUUAAUUGUUCAGGGAAUGCACUUUGAAAUAGAUGCAAAUACUGUAAAUCAUAAAUGGAUGGUUUUCUUAAUGUUUUUCCAUUUGAAAGAGAAUCUAUGCUUUUUCUUUCUACACACGUUUCAUAUCUCAAAAUGACCCUUAAGAUGGCAAAUUACUUACCCAUGCUUUAAUAAUCAGCCGCAACAUAUAGAUGUAUAUUUUGUUGUAAUUUACUUGUAUUUUUUUUCAUGCAUUCAUGAUUUAUUUGUACAUCUGAUAAAUUAUAAUUCUAUCAAGUCCUUGUGCUAGAUGUCAACCCUACAUUACUGAAAAGGUGCAGAACGUCUGCUCUAGAACCAUCCAGCAGUUGUGGGAGAGUGUUUAGAGAGGAGGGCAUCUUCCUCUACAACAGUGGUCACCAACCCUGGUCAUGAGGAGUAUAAGGUGUGCAGACUUUUGUUCCAGCCCAACACUAACCCUCCCAAUUCUACUCUCAUCAAGGUCUUUUUGAGUAGCUGGUUAGUCGAAUCGGGUAUGUUAGUGCUGGGCUGGAACAAAACCCUGUACGCUAUGUAGUUUUCCAGGACCAGGGUGAAGGACCACUAAUCUACAGGGGUGUCUGACUCCUAACUAUCAUCUCAGUUGCACAUAAUCAAUAUUGUAGCAAAGCCAGGUAAUCUUAGGGGGAGAAAGUAAGUUAUUUUUCUAUUUGUUUUACAUUGUGUGUGUGAGAGGGAUGGAGAGUGUUUUCUGAAUGGAUGUUGGGGUUUUGAUGUAAAUGGUUAUUUUUGUUUAUUUUUAUAUGAAACUGAAUUGAUUGUAGAUAAUGAACUAUUGCCAAGUGUAUUUGAAUGAGAAAAAUAAAUGCAAUUCAUGUUAACCCUGAAUAACACACACAUUUCAUAACAAACCAACCUGUUACGUUGUAUGUGGUGAUAUGACAGACAUGCUAACAUGAACAUUCUUCAAGACAUUGAUGAAUUAAACAAUAUGUAAAGAAAAUAAAUUAUGUCCUAAUUCGUUGCUAUGA